GUGAAACCAAGGAAGGAGACAACAAACAAACACACACACAUACAAAGAUCAGUGUUUCUUCACUGAGUUUACAUUCUCUUUCCCUUGAUUCCUUACCUCCAUUGAAACCCUCUUCAUAAAAGAUUCUCCCUUUCAUGUUCGUUUGUUUCUCAAAAAAAAAAACGAUGAUGAUGCCUUUGAAUUGACGUAUUCUUCCUCUGUCUCUGACUCUGUUCUCAGAUCUCUGUUUUCUGAUGUCUUCUCGUGUUCUGUCCAAAACAUGGCUUACCUGAUGUAGAAGCAUUCUCUCAAAGCUCAAGUCUUUUUGCAAUAAAACUCGAUUUGGGUUCUCCUACGUUUCAUGAUCGAUUCAAGUAUUAUCCACUCCUGCUUUGUCCGGGUCGUGUUGGUUUCAGACACUGCUUCCGUUACAUGUCUCGGAACCUAGACAGUCCUGUUCAGACACAAAUGGCAGUAGCGGUCUUCAAACCCCCACUUUCCGGGGGUAACAAGAUGGAAGGGAAACAACAUAGACAUCAUCACCAUCAUCUAAAGAGACAAUCCUCAGGAAGAAGAGUCUUUGUCCAGACAGAAACCGGUUGUGUUUUGGGGAUGGAACUAGACCGUAGCGACAACGUUCACACAGUUAAAAAAAGACUUCAGAUAGCUCUCAACUUCCCCACUGAAGAAAGCUCUUUAACUUACGGUGACAUGGUUCUAACCAACGAUCUCAGCGCUGUGAGGAAUGAUUCUCCACUUCUCCUGAAACGUAACUUAAUGCAUAGAAGCUCUUCUACUCCUUGUCUGUCCCCUACAGGGAGAGAUCUUGAGCAGAAAGAUAGAAGCGGUCCUAUUGAGAUAUUAAACCAAUCAGAGUGUUUUUCCGUUCUGAAGCAAAUGGUGAAGGACAUUGUGAAGGCGAUGAAGGCUGGCGUUGAUCCUCUCCCUGUACACAGUGGUCUUGGAGGAGCUUACUAUUUUAGAAACAAGAAAGGUGAGAGCGUUGCUAUUGUGAAACCCACAGAUGAAGAGCCGUUUGCUCCUAACAAUCCAAAAGGCUUUGUUGGGAGAGCACUUGGACAGCCCGGUUUAAAAUCAUCGGUACGAGUGGGAGAAACCGGGUUUAGAGAAGUUGCAGCUUACCUUCUGGACUAUAACCGGUUUGCUAAUGUCCCUCCCACUGCUCUUGUCAAGAUCACUCACUCUGUGUUCAACGUCAAUGAUAAUGUGAAAGGGAACAAGACACCAAGAGAGGAGAAGAUUGUUGUUAGUAAGAUUGCUUCUUUUCAGAAGUUUGUGGAACAUGACUUUGACGCUAGUGAUCAUGGAACCUCAAGCUUCCCUGUAGCUUCUGUGCACAGGAUUGGGAUACUUGAUGUAAGGAUCUUCAACACGGACCGUCACGGUGGGAACCUUUUGGUGAAAAAGGUGAAGACGUUCGGUGAAGUUGAGCUUAUCCCAAUUGAUCAUGGACUUUGUUUGCCUGAGACGUUAGAGGAUCCUUACUUCGAGUGGAUUCAUUGGCCUCAAGCUUCUUUACCUUUCUCUGAUGAAGAGGUUGAGUAUAUACAGAAGCUUGAUCCGUUUAAAGACUGUGAGAUGCUUAGAAGAGAGUUGCCAAUGAUUAGAGAAGCUUGUUUGAGAGUACUUGUUGUCUCCACUGUUUUUCUUAAGGAAGCUGCGAGUUUUGGGCUGUGUCUUGCUGAGAUUGGUGAGAUGAUGAGUAGAGAGUUUCGUGGAGGUGAAGAGGAGCCUAGUGAGCUUGAGGUUUUGUGUAUUGAAGCUAAGAGAUUAGUUACUGAACGAGAUGUUUUCUCUCCAAGGUCUGAUGGUGUAGGAGAAGCUGAGUUUCAGUUUGAUUUAGACUGUGAUGAGAUACAACUAACCGAUGAUUACUUCAUGAGAAACCCUUUUUCUAAUGGACGUUGUUCACUUGGAAAGCUUGAAGAAGAAGAAGAUGAAGACGAAGAAAUAGAGGACAGUACUGAAGAUGCUGUUCCAAUGAUAAGUUCUACCGUUCUUUCAAAGCUUUCUACUUCAAUGAAGAACACACAUCUUAACAUGGGAGGAACAAUGUCAAAGCCUUUAACGAGAGGCAAAUCUGAAAACACAUCGUUUGGUCACAAAAGCGCAAACGAGCAGCUUCCAGUGAGUGGGAGUUUUGUGAAAGUAGCAGACAUGAAAGAAGAGGAGUGGGUCAUGUUCUUGGAGAGGUUCCAAGAGUUGCUUGGACCAGCUUUUGCUAAACGCAAAACGGUUAUGGUGAGUAAGAGACAGAGACUUGGCACUUCUUGCCAGUUUUGAGAAAACCAUAUAGUAUAAAAAUAAAAGCUCGUGAGAGAGGAGGUUAAAAAGAGACAAAGAGAUAGAAUCUAUGGAGACUUCUUGUUUGCGUCCUAUGGUAGUAAAAAAAGGUUAGUUAAGUUUGGAAGGUUUGGGUUUAACACAAGCGAUAUAUGGUGAAAAAAGGGUUUGUUUAUUUAUUUUUUACUAUUUUGUAAAUAUAUGUUUUCUCCUCUCUUUGUGAUCUUCUUUGUAUGUUCUUUUUUUCUUUUUACCCCUUGGUGUCACCUUUUUCUGUUUUUUUCUUUGGUAUGUCCUUGUAGCUUGGCCUUGUCUUAUAA